GAUUCUGAUGAUUUUUUUUUUCAUGAAUUUACACGACUAAAACAAGUGGGCAAUGUGCUUUUCUUAAAUUAAGGAAGGCACUGGGGAUGUCUCGGUGGCGCAGCCUGUAGAGCACUGACCGCAUGCUCAUUCGAAUCCAACCGUCCGACAUUUGUCGCAUGUGUUCCCCUCUCUCUCGCUCCCAUUCUUCCUGUCUCUCUAUACUAUAUACUGUCCAAUAAAAAAAAUAAAUAAAUAAAUAAAAAGGCACUGACUACUAGGGCGUCCACCGUAAUGACGGAUGUAGAGAGUACGCAUGACGAGGACUGGUUAGUGAGGCUGCGAUGGCGCUCAAUUGUUUGCUUGUGGUGGAGCUCCUGCUGUACGUGGUAUGUUUUUUCUGCGGAAUCGUUACUGCAGCAUCGGUAGCAAUAACUCAGGGGGAGUUUGCAGGGGAGUGCAUUCUGUACGGCACUGUCCGUUUGAAUGGAACAAACCUUACCAUGGAAUUCCCCAGCUCCCAGUCCCUCUGCUACUUUGUGACGACCAUCUCCGUGUGCGUAGCUGUAUACUGCCUCUCCCUCGCUCUUUACUGCUGCUGCACCUACAGUGUGGCCAAAGAUGGCCAAAGGGGACACAUUUCGAUGUGCGUGACACUUCUGGUUUCUGGGGUCUUCUCAUUAUUCCUGUUGGUGACUGGGUGUGUCCUAAGGUUUGGUAGGAAUCGCCUCUGCGAGUCUAUAAUCAGCCUGCCAGGUAUAACCAGGUGUGAGGAGGCACAGGACAAGCCUUGGUCCGCCCCGUACGUAGGGACGCGAUUCUUCUCCAAUCUGCACGGUGCAGAGACAUCAGUGUGGGUGAACUUCUUCUUCUGGCUCCUGAUCGUCACUACAGUGGUUAUCCAGAGGCGUCGGGGGUCAGAGUUCACGGCCAGGGGAGAGGACCCCAGCGCAAGCCCCUCUGAGACCGAACCCUUCUUCCCCGGCCGCACCAGGCCCCAAUGACCCGCCAUGGCCCCAUGUUCUCUGGCCUGACCCCACCUAUACACCCUGAA